AUGAUCCAUACAGAGACCUGUGACAGUGGCUGGGCUGCAUACAGAUGCAGAUGCUUCAAAUUUUUCAACACUCCCCAAACCUGGAUUCAAGCAGAGAAAACGUGUUUGGCCUAUAAUGGGAACCUGGCGUCUGUCCACACCCAUUUGGAGUACACUUUCAUACAGAACCUGAUCCGAAAUACAAAUCAUGCUUUAACGGAGGCCUGGAUUGGGGGAUCCGAUGCGGUUUUGGAGGGAACGUGGCUCUGGAGUGACGGGAGCAGAAUGAACCUCGAACUUUGGGCUCCUGGACAACCGGAUUAUUAUAACAGUCCUCACGAGGACUGCCUUGGGAUGAACUUUGGAAGUAAGGGCCGUAUUUUAAUAAUCUAA